AUGCAUCACAAUCACAUCUGCUUAUCCAUUCUGAUCUUACUCUUUGCUAUUGCUGUACAUCCAAGACCUGGAAAGAAGGACGGUAAGAUCACUUCCGCUCAAUGGGUUCCUUCUGGUCAAUGCUCAACUUCAUCCACCCAAGGCGUUGUGGAUCCAUCAUAUUGUACUUCUCCCAAACCCGGUCAGAACUAUGUGUGUUGCGGUCAACGUUCUGCUAGUAGCUGCAAUCAUGAGAGCUUGUGCGUACCGCCACAAUUCUGCAGACAAGUGACAGCGAACGGAAACGGUGGUGGUAAUUGUGGCGAUUGCGGCGAAGCUGAGGUCUGCUGUACGAUCAAGCAAUGCUCAAACUAG